UGUAUCAAUGCUAGGUGGAAAUUCAGGGUAUAGUGUAGGUAAUGCAAUUAAAGGAGUAGUAAGAUUUGCGGAAACUUCAGAAGGUUGUAUCAUAGAUGGUACAAUAGAUGGUUUAUCACCGGGUGAGCAUGGUAUACACAUACAUGAAUGUGGCGAUAUAUCUAAUGGCUGUGACAGCGUAGGUGGACAUUUUAAUCCAAAUAAUUCACCACAUGGUAGUCCGGAAGACGAUCUAUCUAAUCGACAUGUUGGUGAUCUUGGUAAUAUCCUAACAGAUACUACUGGCAGAGCUACUUUCCGAAAAAUAGAUAAGUUCCUUAAAAUAUCCGAUAUUAUUGGUAGAUCUCUCAUUGUCACUAAAAAUCCAGAUGAUUUUGGAAAAGGUGACAAUCCAGAAUCUAAAAUAAAUGGAAAUAGUGGAUCCAGACUUGCAUGUGGCAUAAUAGCCAGAUCAUCUGGAUUAUUUCAAAAUACAAAGAAGAUUUGUGCAUGUGAUGGCCUUACUAUAUGGGAUGAGAGAGAUCGAGCACUUAAACAUGGUGUUGGUGAUUCUUAAAUUUAAUAAAUCAAUAAAAUUAAUCAAGAUGGUAAAAUCGGCUCUAUAUGACUUAAAUUUUAACAUCGUUUUAACUUAUCUUAGAUUAGCGCCUUUAUUUAGAUUAUGAUAUAUCGCCCGCAAUAUAUAGAUGUAGAACUAAAGGAACGAAUAUUAAGGAGUAUAUGUCACUUAAUAUUAGAAUAGUGUAGGCGGGGGCGUGGUCGUAGCAAACGCAAUUAUUAAAAAUUCACACGUCAACGAUCGAUCGAUCCUCUCAAAGAAACAAGAGAGAAAGCGGGGAAAGAAACAACAAGAGAAGUGGGAAUUUAAGUGAGCCCACGCGCGUGAGACGUCAUCAGUCAUAGUCGGCUGCGCUUUAAAAAAAAAAAAAAAAAAAAAA